CUGUCAAGAAGGUUGACCGAAUGCGGAGAUAUGGAUUUAUAUUUAAAAUGAAAUGAUUAAGAUAUGUAAUUAAUCAUUUCACACUCAUAAGAGAUCUAAUACAUUUAGUUACAAGUUACUUUAAAAGGUUGAAAUAAUGUUCACUAGUAGGAUAUUUCGUUUUCUUCGGAAAAAAAUUGUGCUUGCUGUUUUGUUUACUUUAUCAUUUUGCUACUGUUUAAUACAUUGGCUACCUGCAAAUGAUGAAUUAAUGUCUGAAGAUAUAAUGGUACAACCUCUGAAUUUACCCUCUCAGUCUUUCAAAUGGCAUACAUCUUGGGAUAAAACUAAUCACAGCAGUUCAAAAAUAGUAUCAUGUCGUAAUUCAGUGCAAGGAAAAGUUCUUAUUGCAGAUGAUAAAGGAUAUGUUUGUUCAAGACAUGAUGUGCUUUCAAAUGGAUGCUGCAAUGUAGAUUCGGCCUCUACUAGUCGAUAUCAUUGUGAAUCUUGUCAUGAGAAUGGUUGCUGUAGCAUAUAUGAGUAUUGUAUCUCUUGCUGUUUACAACCUGAAAAGAGAUUGCUUUUACAAAAAAUUCUUGGAAAAGCGUCUGAAACUUUUAACAUCCUAUUUGCCUCUAUAACAGAUCAUUUUGAAUUAUGCUUAACAAAGUGUAGAACGUCUUCACAGAGUGUACAACAUGAAAACUCAUAUACAGAUCCAAAAGCAAAACACUGUUAUGGAGAAUCACCACCUGCAGUCCAGUUAGGAUCUUCAUAAUAUUCACCAUAUUAAGUGUCCUUUGUAUAUACAACAUGCUUGCUAU